CGGCGGCGGUGGGCGCUCCGUGAGGUCACGGCGCGGCCCGGCCCAGCGGCCCCGCCGGCGGGGAGCGGCGGGAGCAUGGCCGAGCCCGGGGCGGCGGCGGGGGACGCGGCGGGGGCGCCGCCGCCGCGGGUGGGCGCGUGGGUGCCGGUGCUGGUGGAGCAGAUGGUGAACGACACGCUGGUAGUGACGCUGAGCUGCGGGGAGCGGCGCUUCACCGGCGUGCUGCUGGACUGCUCCAAGAGGUCUGGAUUGUUCUGUCUGCCAUCCUCCUUCCCGAAGCACGAGGACCCCCCCGCCGACGCCUGCGCUCCCGGAGCCGCUGAGGGCGGGGGUGCCGCGCAGGGCGAGCCGGAGCCGCAGCCCGCCGGCCGCCCGCCCGCCGAGGGCAGCGCCGAGGAGCCGGUGCCGCCGCUGCUGCCGGCGCCGGGCAGCCUCCCGCCCUUCCCGCCCUACUUCGAGGGAGCCCCGUUCCCCCGGCCCCUGUGGCUGCGGCACACCUACAACCAGUGGGUCCCGCAGCCGCCGCCGCGGACUAUAAAGAGGACGAGGAGGCGCUUGUCGCGCAACAGGGACCCGGGCAGGCUCAUCAUGAGCACCAUCAGGCUGCGGCCCAGGCAGGUGCUCUGCGAGAAGUGCAAGAACACGCUGAACCCCGAGGACGCGAACGCGCCGCGGCAGAACGCCAAGACCAGGAGGAAGCUGAGCAUUCAGGACAAGGAGCAGAAGAAGCACGGCGACUCUGACUACAUGGAGAAAAGAAACAAAAGAGAGAAGAGGGAGGAUGACAAGUUUUCUGGGGAACUGGUGCAUCGAACGCCAGUUAUAAAAAUAUCCUACAGUACCCCGCAAGGGAAAGGUGAAGUGGUAAAAAUCCCUUCCCGGGUUCAUGGCUCAGUCAAACCGUUCUGUCUGGAGCCGGCGUUGCAGAACGGAGCCGGGGACCAAGAGGAGAGCGGGGACUCUGAACGGUGUCGACAAACCAAAUGUUUAAUGGACAAGUCAGCAGGCAGCCAGCUUGCUUCCAUUCCAAAACUGAAGCUCACACGGCCAGUGCAUUCCAGCGUGGAUGUCCCACCCCCAAAGAUACGGCUGAAGCCCCAUCGCAUCAACGAUGGUCAGAGUGUUUCAAUCUAUAAGGCAGAACUGAUUGACGAAAUCAAUGUCCUCCAGAGCAGCAGGGAGUCCAAUCCCGGAGCGUUUUACAAUGAUGAGUCUGCUGACAGAAGUUUAGCUGAGAUGUCUUCGGGCAGUUCAGGUGAAGAUGAUGACUUCAAAAGGUUUCCCCAGGGUAAAGAGGGACAUGAUAACUUGGCUUUCCUCAUGAAUUACCGUAAAAGAAAAGCAGAUUCUUCUAGUUUAUCGGUGUGUAGCAAUGACAGUCUAGAUGAAUCCAAGUCUUCUAGUUCAGAAGUGACAUCACCAGAACUGUGUGACUUUUUGCCUGGUGAUGAUGCCUCUGUCUCUUCAUCUUCAAAAGAUGAGCGUAAAAUUGUGCCACCGCUGACAGUUAGACUGCACACCCAGAGUGUGUCUAAAUGUGUCACAGAAGAUGGAAGGACUGUUUCAGUGGGGGAUAUUGUCUGGGGUAAAAUUCACGGGUUUCCGUGGUGGCCAGCACGUGUUCUUGACAUAAACCUCAGCCAGAAGGAAAACGGGGAACCUUCGUGGCGAGAAGCUAAAGUGUCAUGGUUUGGCUCUCCGACGACCUCGUUCUUAUCUGUUUCAAAACUCUCUCCUUUCUCGGAGUUUUUCAAACUGAGGUUUAAUCGCAAGAAGAAGGGCAUGUACCGGAAAGCCAUCACGGAAGCUGCGAAGGCAGUCAAGCACCUGACUCCAGAAAUACGAGAUCUCUUAACACAGUUUGAGACAUAACUUUGCCUCCAGUAUCAGGUUGUAACUGUGGAACCAUUAAACUUGCAGAUGCUGAAGGCUUUCAUUUUAAUUGCUAUGAGCUUAAUAGACCCUCAGUGUCAGUACAUCAAGCCACCCAUCACACUGCUCCUGUGUGCAGCAAACUCAGAGCUGGCUGUUUGCUCACUGUCUAUAGAAACCACUAAUGCAGAACCUGGAAUAUCACAUCGUGACUUCGCCUUCAAAGGUGUUCAGGGCUCUGUGUGUCCGUCCAGCCAGUGCUGCUGCCAGCAGCUUGUGAAACAGCAUAGAUCACUCCACAGCUGUAUUUUCUAACACACCUGCCUGGUCACAUGGAAUAUUUCAGCGCAGAAGAUGAAUGCUUGAGAUUUUUCUUGCCCUGCUUUCCAGAUGCUUCAGUCCACUAAAACCAGGCAUCCAACUUAAUUACUGUUUCGCAGUCUUCCUGCUUGGAAGUCAGCGUCUCUGCAUGCUAAUACAAGGUGGGAGAGCAAGUCCAGAAUAGGCCGUGCUGCAUUUUUGUGUGCCUGGCGCUGAUGGUUGGAGCUGCACGCUGGGUGCCAUGCUGCUGAUCUGCCCGUUCCAGAAGCACUUGCCCGUUGUGCCCAGGGGCUGCCCUUGCAGACACCCAGGUCUGUGCUGCCCUGUCCUGCCAGCAUGGCCCCUCUCCAUCCGCUCUGCUCCCAGGCAUAUUCUUUGGAAAUGCCACCGGGCCAUGCAUUGUGCUAUUUCUAACUGCACCUGCGCCGCGCCGGUGCCCGGAAUGCGAUCGGCUUUCAGAGCUGUAACUUCAGCUGCUGCAGGAGAUUGUAUCCCCCGAGGGCUUAGCAGCUCCCUUGGGAGCACUGAGCUGCUCCCGGGGCUGAGGGUCUCCAAGCUCCAGCUGGAGCUUCAGGCCUCUGCUGGUUGUGCUGGCCGAGGGUGCCCGCAGUGGGCAGCGCAGGUGGGUGUCCCCAGCAGUGUCACCAGCUCACAGUGCACCCAGUGCCUGUAGGAGCCACGCAGGAUCAAGGGCUGUGCCAGGGUCU